AUGAAGCAAAUCAUCAACCUCCCCGGCCCCAGCUGCAAGCUGAUCGACUCGCCAAUCCCCGCCAUCAACGAUGACCAGGUGCUGAUUCGCGUGGUGGUGUCCGGGUCGAACCCCAAGGACUGGAAGAUGCCUGAGCUGGUGAGCUCCGACGACUCGAUGUUCGGGGAGCGCUACGCGCACCUCAAGGACGGGGUGAACCAGGGCGAUGAUAUCGCCGGGGUGGUGGAGAAGGUUGGCCGGAAUGUGUAUGAAUUCAAGCCCGGAGACCGCGUGGGCGCCUUCCACGAGAUGAUGGAACCCGGUGGUUCGUACGCCGAGUACGCGGUGGCCUGGGCGCAUACGACCUUCCAUCUGCCGGAGAAGGUGUCUUUUGAGGAAGCAGCCACCAUCCCCCUUGCAGCCCUAACCGCCGUCGUCUCACUCUACCACCACCAUCGCCUACCCCUCCCCUGGACUCCUCCCCCUCCCCCUACUGCUGCUGAUGCUCCAAGCUCGAAGCAACAUCGCAUCCCCCUCCUCAUCUACGGCGGCAGCACCGCCGUCGGCGCCUUCGCCAUAAAACUCGCCCGCGCCAGCAACAUCCACCCGAUCAUCGCCGUCGCCGGCGCGGGCGCUGGCUACAUCUCCCGCUUCCUGGACGCCAGCAAAGGCGAUGCGAUUGUGGAUUACCGAGAGGGUGCGACGGCGACGAUCCAGGGGGUGAAGGAUGCGCUCGCCCGCCGUCCCGCCGCCGCCGCCGCAGCAGCAGCAGCAGACCCCCCGCUCAUGCAUGUCCUCGACACGAUCGUCACCGAAACCAGCUCCGAAGUCAUUCGUAACGUGAUCCACCCCGGCGGCCAGGUGAAUUACGUCCUGCCCUGUCCGUACGAUAUCUCCCCCGGAGUCAAGACGAAUACCUGGGUGAGUAGUGCGCAUCAGAUCGGGGGGGACGAGGAUGCGCGCGAUCUGUGCUUUGUUUUCUGUCGCUGGUUUGGGCGCGCCUUGGCCACGGGGGCGUUUGAGGGCCAUCCGUUUCAGGUGCGCGAGAAGGGGUUGUUGGGGGUCGAGGGGGCGAUGCGCGAUUUGAAAGAUAAUAAAGCAAGUGCGGUGAAAUAUGUCUUUCGUGUGGGAGAGACGCCGGGGUUGUAGUGGGGAGAAUGUUUGUGGUUGGGUUUGUUUAGAGAUAGACUUGCGGAAUUGCAGCUUUCAAAGAAUGUAUUAAUG